AUCACUGCAGUCAAUGCCGAGGCUUCCGAAGAAAUUGCAAAAAUACAGACCAGCUCCAAUAAAAACCAAAGCUUGCAGUUUUUGGCCGGUGGAGACAUUAACACUUAUCGAUGGCCAGCUUCGUCUCCAUUGGCUUCUUUUCGACGCCUCUCUAUGCUCCGACAGCUUCGACCCAGGAGAUGUGCAGCACAUCAAAUACGGGGAGACUUUCAAGUCAUGCUACUUUUCCGAAAGUGCCAGAGCUUCUAAUGUCUCUCAGCUCAUCAAGAGGCGUGCCUUCUGUUAAUCACUGGCAUAGAGAUUAUUCAGCUAUACCAUCAAGAAAUCUUGGUGAUGCCUUUUGCUGUUGCUUUGGUGUUGAUUCUUGUACUGAUAGGGUGAUAGCUGGUUUUUGGGUGGGUCCUGAUGUCGAUGAUGGUUGGGGAUAUGUGGAAGCUUUUAUCACUCAAACAUUGUGAUAGUGGUUCGAUUAUGGUUCUCUUUGUUUUUCAUCAUUUGAUCUCACUGCCUUAUUCAACAAUGAUGUUGAUAACUCUAUCACGUGCAUCUAAUACUAAUUCAGCAGCAGGUUAAUAA